UUGAUAUUGAAAUUUGAUGUAUUAGAAAUACAAUUUUUAUUUGGAGUUUUUGAAUAUUAAAUAUAAGAACGAUGGAUAAACUUUCUAAAUUGAGAAAAACCAGAGGGUUGCAUAGAUCUUCAGUUACAAAAUACAUUAACAAAAUUAAUAGCGAUUUGGAGGAGAAAAUAGAUUCUCUUACCACCAAAGAUUUGCAAGAGGCCUUAAAUUAUUUGAAUAUAUCGUCUACACAGUUAAAAGACUAUGAUAAACCUAUACAAAAUCUAAUCAAAGAUGAUAAGGAAUUCGAAACCGAAAUUGAGUCGGCUUUCGAAUACAAUGAAAAAAUCAUAGUUUGUUUGUCCAAGUUAUCAGCGCAAUUAAAAUGUUUACAAGACGAAUCAGAGCGCCAAUCAAUAUCAUCAAAUGUUUCUUUAUUAGGCGCUACAGGAAAUCCUAAUUUAGAUGCAAUAAACAACACUCAGGAAAGUUCAGCCAUCGUACCUGUAAACGAAUAUAAUUUUAAGACCAUAAAAUUGCCUAAACUUACAAUUGAAAAAUAUUAUGGAGACCCCUGUUGCUGGUUAGAAUUUUGGAAUCAAUUUCAAAAUUCUAUUGAUAAUAACAAAUCUCUGUCAAAAAUAGAUAAAUUCUCAUAUUUAAAGUCACUAUUAGGGGGUGCGGCCGCGAUUGCGGUUAAUGGCUUUGCGCUCUCAGACGAGAAUUAUGAUCAGGCUUUAAAAUUGUUGAUACAAAGAUUUGGCAGAGAAGAACUGGUUAUUAACGCACACAUGUCAAAAUUACUAAAUCUUGUACCAGUAACUGAUUCAAAUAAUAUUUAUGGUCUUAGAAGGUUAUAUGAUACCGUAGAGAUAAACCUAAGAAGUUUAGAAUCAUUAAAAGUUACUUCAGAGAUGUAUGGGCAUUUACUCUAUCCCAUUUUAAUUAAAUUGAUUCCCGAAGAUCUUGUCCUUGAAUUUAAUAGAAAAAAAGUUGAUAAUUCGGUGAAGUUCGAAUUUAAUGUAACUGAAUUACUAAAUUUUUUAAGAAUUGAAAUUGAAUGUAGAGAAUCCUCUGCGUUUAUGCAUACCGCAAAAGGCGAUAGACGCAAAGAAAAUUCGCUCCCGAAAGCGAAACAGAAUCCUUUCAACAACUUCAGUCGAAACACAGCUAGCUCGCAUGAUAUAUUGCGAAGUCCAAGGUCAAGCGCAAAACCGAAAGAUCUUCAAUGUUUUUCCGCGUCAGCAUUAAACGAAAAUUGUUUAUAUUGUAAAGGCGAGCAUCGAUCGGAGUUAUGUUCUCAAACCGACUUAGAAACGAAACUCGGUGUUUUAAAACAAGAUGGCAGAUGUUUUUUAUGCUUGAAGCCAAAACAUCGAGUUAAUGAAUGCCGCCAGAGAAGAUAUUUGACAUGUGAAAUAUGUGGAAAGAAGCAUAAUAAAUCUAUUUGCUCUCAAGCAGAAUCUAAUACACCCGAUUUGAAUAAAGAUAAUAAGAACGUAAUUACCGCAAUUUCACAUUACGAUAAAAACAAAACAAACUUUUCUCGCGGUAAUAUAUUUCUUCAAACAUGUGCAGCCCUAGUACGCAAUGAUGAAACAAACGAAUUUGAAACAGUACGACUAAUGUUAGAUAAUGGAAGUAUGAGAACAUUUAUAACACGUGAAGUUUCAGAAAAAUUAAAGUUAAAAGUAAUAAGAAAAGAAUCUUUAUCGGUAUACUCUUUUGGCGCUAAACAAGCAAAGGAACAUUCUUACAAUAUAGUGAGAGUAGAAUUAAAAAACCGUGAGGAUCCCUCUUUACGUAUUGAAGUAGAAGCUUUGGUUACAGAAAACAUUUCAGCCACUACUCUUCCUGCACCUAACAACAAUAUUACUAAAACGUACAAUAAAUUGAAGCAUUUACAGCUAGCUGAUAUUAUUGAUAAUAGAGGCAAGAAUAUCUCAAUAUUAAUUGGUGUAGAUUAUUAUUAUGAAAUCGUUUCAGGCAGAAUAAAAAGAUUAAACAACAAACUGGUAGCGACUGAAACAAUUUUUGGAUGGUGCUUGCAAGGUCACGUAGGUUUAUCAAAUGAUUUAAUGACCAUGAAGAUUGUAGUAGAUGAAAAGGAUAUUUCGGACCAACUUAAACAAUUUUGGGAUCUUGAGAAUUUAGGGGUAGAAGGGGUUGAAGAGGAUGAUUUCGAAAAACAUACUGUAGAUAAAGAAAUUAUGAAACAAUUUGAAGAAAAUAUUGUUUAUCAAAAUAAAAGAUAUACUGUAAAGUUUCCUUGGAAAACAAAUAUGAAAGAAUAUUUAGCUAAUAACUUUGAAGUGGCUAAAAGGAGGUUUUCGCAUUUAAAAUCAAAAUUUAUUAAAGAUAAUUCGUUGUUUUUAGAUUAUAAAGCUGUUAUUGAAGAUCAUUUAAAAGAAGGUAUCAUUAAGAAAGUUAUAACAUGUGAAGAAAAACCUUCAUUCUAUUUGCCUCACAGGGCGGUAUUAAGGGAAGAUAAAACUACCACUCGUUUGAGAGUGGUAUUUGACGCAAGUUCUCAUGCGAAAGGACAGUUGUCGUUAAAUGAUUGUUUACAUACUGGUAUCAAUCUCAUUCCAGAUCUUUUUGAGAUUUUAAUAGGUUUUAGAGAACAGGCUGUUGCCAUAACUGCCGACAUAAAGAAGGCCUUUCUGAAAAUACAGAUUGCCGAAGAAGAUCAGAAUUAUACUAGUUUCUUCUGGACGGAAGAUCCGGAAAAGGAAGAAGAGGAAAUUUUCAAGAUGACUCGAGUUCUCUUCGGUGUCAAAUCAAGCCCCUUCCUCCUUGCAGCUACAAUCCAAUACCAUCUAAAGAGGUAUGUAGAACAAUUUUCUAAUACUUGUCAAAUGCUAGAAAAAUCAUUGUAUGUCGACGAUUUAAUCUGUAGCCAAAGAGACUUUGAUUCAGCUUUUAAAAUAAGCCUAGAAUGUUAUAACAUCUUUAAAGAAGCGAGCAUGGAAUUAAGGAAAUGGAAAACUAACUCAGUUGAGCUUCGUGAUAAAUGGAGAGAGGCAGGUUUAGAAAUAGACGAAGAAAAAUAUUCAAUUAAUGAUAACUCUGCUUUAACUCCUUGUAAAGUGCUAGGAUUGGCCUGGGAUUCCGAUUUAGAUGUAUUCCAGUUUGACACUCGAAGCUUAGAGAAAUUCCUGUCUAAAAAGAUAAAUUCCAAACGAUAUGUUCUUCAUGUAGCUGGACGCAUUUUUGAUCCAGUGGGGUUUUUAGGACCUUUUACCAUCAAGAUAAAAUGUCUAAUACAGGAUAUUUGGUGCUUGGGAUUAGACUGGGAUGACCCUCUCCCGAAAACACUGACCACUAAAAUAAAUGAAUGGUGCGAAGAAAUAAAAAAUUUGCAUCUUAUUAAAAUACCUAGAUAUUUUUUCGCCGAAGCGAAAACCACUGAAAUAGUUGAAGCUCAACUACAUUGUUUCUCCGACGCCUCUAAGAGGGCAUAUGGAACUGUAGCGUACAUUAGAGUCUUAUUGAAAAACGGGGAAAUCAAAUCAAAUUUGGUCGCUUCAAAAAGUAGAGUAGCCCCUCUAAAGACACUUUCGAUCCCAAGAUUAGAACUAAUGGGUGCUCUUUUAGCAGCAAGACUAGGCUGUAAAAUAGUUAAGUGCAUUAACUUUCCUGUUACACGAUUCUUCUGGACUGACUCUUCAAUUGUUUACUAUUGGAUGAAGGGUGACCCUGAAAGAUUUAAAGUGUUCGUAAAAAACAGAAUUAAGGAAAUCCAAAAUAUAACCAAUCCCACUGAAUGGAAUCACACUCCUGGAACUGAUAAUCCGGCUGAUCUAAUAUCAAGAGGGUUAACGGUACAUGAACUGAGAAACUCUAACUUCUGGUGGCAUGGGCCAAAUUGGUUGUUAAAAAAUGAAUAUAAUGAUGAACUGUUAAGAGUAGGCGGAAGAUUAAAAUUUUCUGAUCUUCCAGAUUCACAAAAAUUUCCUCUACUCUUACCAAAGAAACACCAUUUCACAGAUACACUUAUAGAAUACUUUCAUAAAAAAGCACUCCACUCCGGUGUUCAAACUACUCUGUAUUUAAUUAGACAGCAAUACUGGAUACCAGCUGGUUAA